AUUUUAUGUAUCUAGAUGUAUGGGCAAGUACUCCGUGGAUUCUGGAUUCUUAUCCCGUUUUGUGCUCCAUCGAUUCAAAGGAAGCAGGUGAAGCAAUUCUCGUCGGUGCCGCCUGCUAUCCAUGAAGUGUGAUUGGCUGUAAGUGUUCCAAUCUAGUGGAUUUGCUGAUCAAAGAGGCCCUGGUGCAUAUCUGGCCGCGUUUCCCUCGUUUAUACUCGUUUCAAGUGUGCUCUGCUGGACGCCAUCCCUCUUGUCGUGAACAACCAUCAUGGUACCACAACUUCCAGUCGAGCUCCAUCGCAGAAUAUACGCCAUGGCCUGCACCGACGAUGGGACGACAGCCUGCGCUCUAAGCCUGGUAUCCCACGCCGUUCGUGAGGUUGUAGAAGAAUUUCGCUGGUUCUCGCUGGCCGUGGCGGGCGAACGGCAGGUGCAAACCCUUCUAGAGACGCUCCAGGAUGUGCCCAAAGAUAGGCUCAAGGUAGCCCAUCUGUUCGUCUCGGAUCUCAGACGACCUCUUAGCUACAGACGGCGCGAAAAGAGAAUGUUGUCCCUGUUGGAACGAGAAGAAUUGAGCGAGGAAGACGAGACCUUCCUCCGCACUACCAUGGGAUCGCUGGACUUCUCCAUCGGGAGCAAAAUUGUCAUCCACCUCGGCUCCAUCGAGUGCAUUGAGCCGCCGAGUCGUACUGCUAGUCAGUACAUCAUGUGGCUGCUUCGUCUCCUGGCGCCGGACCUUAUUACCUUGUCUCUCGUUGUCUUCAGCGAUCAAGACGAUGCGUUUGAGUCGACCCCCCUCAGAAUUAACCCUUCGAGGCUCACAUCCUUUCCCCCUCUCGUCUUUUGCGCCCUCACUCCAGCGCCUUCAUCUGGCCGACGAAUGUCUCAUUUCCGGUCUGGAACAGCGUCUAGCUCUAAACCAUCCAGAACUCACCCAUCUCCGAAUUUCAAGACCAUCAAACGCUUGCUCGUGGCCAUGGGCCUUCGGCCCCCGACAUCCAUGGAGGAAGAGGCCAUUAGGAAUAAUGAGAUGGAUCUCUUUCCGCAUGGCGUGGAGCGCUUUUGUUUAGUCGAACCAGGACCGACGAACUUCACAUCAAGGCGAAACAAAGGCAGCUCGCGCGGGCGGGUUAGAUCACCUGGAUUUGUUCCUCGAAGCUACCUGAACAUGGUUAUGGAAUUGGAAGACGUUGCCGACGAGCUACCUAACUUCGCCCUUCUUCCGAAGCACUCUGGCCAUAACAAGCAAAUCGAGGCAGAGAAAUCGAGACAGCAGUGGAUGGAGCGCAUUGAAGGAGGACAAGGCUGUUGGGUGACUCCGGCGGAAUUCAUCGCGGGGCUCUGA